AUGUCCGACGUCUCGAUGUCAGAGCCCUCCUCCGGCAGUGAGAGCAACGCGAGCGACAACACCAACCGUGUUGUACUCGCCGUCAAGACGCAUGACGAAGAUAUCCAACCCGCCCUUUUCAGGGGAUGUUACAGGCUCCAGUUCUUCCAUGCCUACUUUCUCCGACUUUUGACAACACAUGGCAUCGCAGGUGGCUGGCAUCUUACAGAACGUCGCAGUCGCAAUGUGCCAGGGGGCCAACGGUCGAGACCCGCCAGGUCAUGCUGCCUACAAAACACGCGGCAAGAAGGUCUCCAAGAAGAAGAAGUCUUGGAAGGAAAGAAGACUAAGGAAAUCGCUCACGAGCUGGCCAAGAAGACGCUCGAGGAGGCUCGCUUCGUCAGUUGGCACCUCCCUGGAGACGGGUACGGCCCUGAGGCCAUCCAAACUCUGGCGGUGCACUUCAAGAGCAACACAAUCGGCAAAGACUUUACAAUCAUCAAGAAUGGGAAGAAGGUCGUGAUCUGUUUGCCCGAACAAGAGGCUCUGAGGGCCACCAAGGUUGUCUUCGGAGACAUGCUCAGAAAACUGCCCGACAGGAUUGCCGACAUCCAGCGAUGGGUCCAAUAUAAGGCGAGCCAAAAUGCUCACAACGCCCUGAUCAACAACUCUCCAAGCAACCUGGCCCCUCUUCUCGAGCUGACCGACUUGGCUGCCGAAGCUUUCUGCCUCAAGCGACGAGAUCAAUGCCAUGAGGCUUGUGCACACCCACCCAUCUGCAAAUGCAGAACCAGCUCUUCGAGAUCAACGAACGGCUCAAGAACGGACAACUGA